AAUUGGUCAUAUGAACUUGAAAUGUUAAAUUUCUCAUACUAGCACAGUAGCAUUCUGCGUCGAAAAGAUGAAUUCAAAUUUUCCAUGUUUCAAGAUUUAUAUGCCCGCCCAAAAACAUUCCUAAAUUCAAACUCUUUCAAUUCUUCUAUUAUCUCUCUCUCUCUCUUCUUCUUUUUCACGUCUUCAAUAAAACCCUAGAUAAACCUUUACUUAAAUUCAAAAAAAUUCCAAUUCCAUCCCGUCUCUGCUAAUGGCCAACUCCGAUUCUACUCUAUCUGUCCCUGUUUCUGCUCCACUCGCACCCAAGAGAGAAAAUAUUACUCCGGUUGGCUCUAAAAUCCAAGAGUUGAAUGAAUCGAGGACAGAGUUGAUUAAUAGAAUUCAAGGGCUCAAACAGGAUUUGCAAAACUGGAGAUCCAAAUUAGACACUCAAGUCAAGAUCUACCGCGAUGAGCUGUCCGAAUUGAAGAAAUCACUUAGUGUUGAAGUUGAGCAACUUCGAUCAGAAUUUCAAGACUUGAGGAGCACUCUCCAGCAACAACAAGAUGAUGUUACUGCUAGUCUCAGAAAUUUGGGGCUGCAGGAUGCUUCAGGAGAUGCCAAAGAGGUCCAAGACCCCAAGGUCGAUGAAAAAGACCGGGAAGUCAAUCCUCCCCAUGUGAAGGAUGAAGACUAAACUGGCAUCAAUUUUAAGUUAAUUUCUUUUAGUCUGUGCUCUCAGAGGAAAUUUGGUGUUCCUCUGUCUAUCCAAAUCAUGAUCCUUGUAUGUGUCCAUGUGUUAUUGCCAUGUUGUCUAGAUAGAACUCUCAUUUGAAUCAAUUGAGACAUGGACUUGUGAUCUGCUUAGGUUUAUGUUCAAGCAAAUGUGCUUUUACAAUCAUCUCAA